CACUUUAUGAUAUCUUAAAUAUUAUCACUUAUCGAUAACUCAGCCGAAAUUUGUAAGGGAUACACCUCAUAUUGUUACUUCGUUUCGGUUGGUCUUACUCAUCAGUUCGUACAACGAACCGGUAAAGCAUAGACCGUUUUUGUGCCGUGCUUGUAAUUGGUUAUCCAAAGUUUUGAAACUUUGAUAGAAAUCCAAAGUAAAGGCGAGUCCAUUUUUGUUCGCAAGGAUAUGGGCAGGGAUAAGAACAAAAGCUCCAAGCACAUCAAGUGCGACGUCCAGUUCGACGACAAUCCGCAGGGAGUUUUCCGGGCAGGUGAUACCGUCAGCGGGACGGUAGAAAUACAGCUGGACAAACCAAAGAAAUUUCGAGGCAUUGCUCUUCGUAUCAACGGUUUCGCUGCAACGUCCUGGAAUGCGAAACUAAAAGGAACCGAUGCUAAAAACACCAAAAAUAACAAAAAGACUCACUUCAACGGCCGGGAGGAUUACUUCGGUAGUAUAACCUACUUCGUCGGGUCGGAUGUUGGGAACCCGCUGGAAGUGUUGGCCGGUGUUUACCGGUACACGUUCGCGUGUGAAAUUCCAUCAAAUGCACCAUCCUCCAAGGAAGGAAAGUAUGGCCACAUCCGAUACGUGGUGAAGCUAUCGCUCGAACGUCCGUGGAAGUUCGAUCACAUCUUUCAGAUGCCAUUUAUCGUGAAAAGCCAUGCCGAUCUGAGCUUGGCACAGGAACGGAUGCUGAAACCGUCCAGGGCCGAAUUAGUUCAAACGUUCUACUUUGGGCUAACGGAUCCACUGAUCGUGACAGCGGCAACACCCCGUACGGGAUACGCUCCCGGUGAAGUGAUCGAAGUGUCGAUCCAUGUCAACAACCAGAGCAGUGUGGACGUACGCAGCAUCACGGUGAAGUUCCAGCGCAUCGACACCUUCCUCAGCCAGGUACCGAUCGUAAAACAAUAUCUCGAGCAUACGGUCAUGGAGGAGCGUACCAUCGGACGUGUUGCUGGGCGGAACGAUGCGAUAUUCGAGGAGAACAUACUGAUCGGCUCGACCGUACCAACGGAUGACGAACGGUGCAAGAUCAUCAUGACGCGGUACGAGCUGGAAGUUAUGAUCCGUCCGGUACGAUCGAGAAAGAAACUGUUCCUUGCAUUACCGAUCGUGGUCGGUACGGUGGGACUGCCGAAAUCACUCUACCCGAUGGAGAUGCUGAGUAAGGAAAGGGCCGCCCUCGGGAUGGAUUCAACCGAUGCCGGUACACUCCUUGCUAAUAGCCCGAUACCAUCGGAAUCACCACCACCGUAUCCGGAUGAUGAACAACCGUCCACAUCUCGAGCUUUUUCCACCGAUAACUUAACCGAUGGUCCAACAGCACCAUCAUCCGACGACGUAAAGGAGCACGAAUUUGAGAAAGGUUCCGAACCGUACACUCCGCGUGAUUUCGACGAGAAUGACUAACAACCUCCAAACCAUGGUGCAAGAAUUAAUAGCUAAAAUGUGUGAUAUAAAACAAUUCUAACCAAACAUCGGAGAGGGUGUCGGUUUGUUGUUUUUUUUUUCAAUCAAUCCGGGAAAGAAGCACGAAAUUCUACUUUGUCCUUGAUAACUGACCUGCCCGAAACCACCCCCGAAAUAAGCGAACGGAACGAGCAAAGGGUUUCGGUUCGCACGCGCAUGAUCACGCUCUACCAUGUUCCAACAUUCGCUCGACCACGUUGCGUAGAUGUUGGUGCAAUGCGCAUAGUAAGCAGCAUACGAAAACGGUG